AGGCAAUCAAGGAGUGUCAACGCUGACUUUCAUAUAGAAGGCAAAAGAACGCACGGUUAAGCUAAUACUAAAGGAAUAAGGUGCGUGCGCAUGAGCUUUUUUUGGCUCUCAGGACGAAAAGUGCCAGGCUCACAAGUUCGAAAGCGCGCGAUCUUCCGAGCUGCACCUAUUAGCGAAAUGUUCUUGCCCCGCAGCACCCUCUUGCGCAUCCUGCUCGUGACGUUGAUAAUCACAUCGACGUGUUUCGCUGCGCAGGCGUCCUCGCACAAAAUCAACAUGAGUGAAUGCGGAUAUUCGCAGCCUCUAGGAAGGGUAAUCAACGGCCGCGUCGCUUCGAAGCUGCAUGUACCUUGGCUGGUUCAUGUGGUAUCCGUUAGACACGACAACACUAUAAGUGCGUGCGGUGGAAGCAUCAUUACGAGGAACGCCAUCCUGACGGCAGCCCACUGCGUUGUGUCAAAGAAACAUAGAAUCAAAAGACUGCUGGUGUACUAUAACACCACCAGAGUUCUGAGGGGACCCUUCAUGAAGGUGACAAAGACAAUAAUUCACAAGAAAUAUAAAAAUGCAUUCUUGGGCUUCGACAUCGCUGUGCUGAAGCUGGCAAAACCCAUUCCCAGGUUUGACUGGUUUGUAAGACCUGUGUGCUUGCCUGGACGACACGAGAAGACAAGGAAAGGCCCUAUGCUCUUGGCUGGUUACGGUCGUCCCACGUUCAAGAAACAGGGCAAGAGACUUCUCUACUACAUAACGAAGGCGUUGCCCGAUGUUUUUUGCGAUGCUGCUCUUGCUGCUGAAUGGUGGAUGUUUCCAGUGAAUAGAAGCCUGCUCAUGUGCAGCAAUAGCCGUCACGCGAUCAUGUAUAAGGGAGACUCCGGCAGCCCUGUUACAGCGUACACGCGCCAAGGGCAAUCGACGCAGUACGGCAUUGCCUCGUUCCUCAGGCCAGACAAUUCCGGACGUGCCCCAGCUGUGCACACUCGCGUCUCCAUGUUCAUUGACUGGAUAAAACAAUCGCUCGAAGAGGAAGACAAAAGAAGAGAGCAUAGUUAGAGUGCCUACCUGAAAUUACCGACUAGUAUUGGUACAGCUGUGCAAAUAAAUCUAAUAGGAAGUCGCUUUUUGUUCUAAGAGAAUGAAACACUCAUCGAACCAUCGAGGUAGCUGUAUCUGCUGUAGUCGGUUGGCCCGUUUAUUGCCAAUAUAUUUUAUCUUCUUUCGACCCCUUG